AUGGGGAUGAAUCGGCAAUAUGUCCCUCUCGACCCCACAAGAGGUGGGAAGUCGUCGGCCAUCAUCCUCGCCUUCGCCAUGGCCGGCAGUGUCGCCAUCCUCGCUGCGUCCGUCUUCCUCGGUGUGAAGCUCGCGUCGAUGCAAGGAGAGGAACCCCCUCCACCUCCCGCUCCGCUUCCGCCCCCGCCUAUCAACGUCACCAUCACAUCCAAGAUCCAAAUGGCCCUGCUUUUCCUCGAAACCCAAAAAUCGGGUAAACUACCCCCGGGUUAUCCCAUCACUUGGCGAAAUAACUCGGGGAUGCGGGACGGACAGGAUCAGAACCGGGACCUACGGGGAGGAUACUACAUCGGCGGCAGCAACAUCAAGUACCACUUCCCGCUGGCCUACACCGUGACCAUGCUGUGCUGGUCGCUGCUGGAGUACGAGUCCGUGUAUCGACUCGUGAAUAUGCACAACGAAAUGGCGGAGCUCAUAGACUGGGGUGUACAGUACAUCCUCGCUUCAAGAUACCAGGAACUGAUAUUCGCGCAGGUGGGCACGCCCGAGAUCGACGACGUGUGCUGGAUCCGGCCGGAGGACAUGAAGCCCGCGCAGCGCCCCACCAUGUUCCCCUGCGACGUCACGCACCCGUGCUCCGACCUCGCGGGCGAAUACGCCGCCGCGCUCGCCGCCGCUUCGCUGACGUUCCGCGUGGGCAACCCCGCGUACGCGGACCAGCUUCUGCAGAGCGCGGAGGAGAUCUUCGAGUACGCGGAUCAAUACCGCGGGAAGUAUAGCGACUGGGUGGAGGCGGCGCAGACGGAGUAUAACUCCACCGGCUACGGCGACGAGCUCAUGUGGGGCGCCACGUGGCUGUACUUCGCGUCGGGAGACACCAAGUAUCUGGACUACGUGAUCGGGCCGAACUCGUACAUCUUCGAGACGAACCAGUGGGGGCCCGGCACGAAGACGUUCGACUGGGACAACAAGGCGCCCGGCGUGCAGGUGCUGAUGACGCGGCUGCUGAUGCUGGGGUACGGGGCGGGCAACGAGGGGCAGAUCCCGCAGUACCUGCAGACGUAUCUCAACGCCGCGAAGCUCUACGUGUGCCAGCACACGCCGCACUGGCUCCGCGCCAACUUCACCGACAGUGGGGGGCUGAUCUACGUGAGCGACGACCAUCCGAUCCAGUACGCGGUGAACGCGGGGUUCCUGUCGGUGCUGGUGAGCGACUACCUGCGCAUCGCCAUCAACGCCAACGUCUCCUCGCACUACCUCGACUGCGACGCCACCAUUGACGACAUCGUCGACUUCGCCGCCUCGCAGGUGAACUACAUCCUGGGCGACAAUCCCCAGAAGAUGAGCUACAUGGUGGGCUUUGGCGAGAAGUACCCCACGCGCGUGCACCACAGAGCCGCCUCCAUCACGUCCAAGCACGUCGACCCCACGCCCUUUGACUGCGCCACUGGCCAGCGCUUCAAAGUAUCCAAGUAUCCGAAUCCUAACGUUCUCGUGGGAGCGAUCGUGGGUGGUCCAGCCCGGGACGACUCAUACCUGGACGACCGCACAAUCCCCCAGCAGAGCGAGCCCCUGCUGCACCUCAACGCUGUCUUUGCCGGCCUCCUGGCCAGCCUGGGUGCCUUCCGCAGCGGCAACAGCCCGGGCAACUCGCUCACGCGCAUGUGGGCGCAGAUUCCCUGGGCCAAGAAGUACGCCGAGUCCCUCGAGGAGCUCAUUCCCAAGCCCUACCCCUCGCCUCCCAAGCCGCCCGUCUCCCCUCCCCCCUGGAGGACCCCUCCCCCUAAGGCUCCCAGACUUCCUCCCAAGCGCAACGGCCCCAGCCCCCCUCCUCCUUAUGUCAACCCCCCGCCCCCCUCACCUCCUCCCCCGAGCCCCCCUCCUCCCCGGCCGGUCAAGAGAACCCCUCCUGCUCCUCCGCUGUUCUUCAAGGGCCAGGGGAAGUGGAAGCUGCCCCCUGCCCUCCCUCCCAAAACUGCUCCCUCACGCAAGGUUUUGCCUCCUGCUGGCAAGCUUCCUGUGGUACAUGCUCCUCCUGCCAUUCCCAAGAAGCCUGUCAAAUUUCCCCCUGUUGUGGAAGCGCCUCUUGGGAAGAUCCCUGCAGUUGUAGAGGCACCACUUGGGAAGGUUCCUGCAGUUCCAGCAACUAAGGUUCCAGCUACCAAGGUUCCAGCUGCUAAGGUUCCUGUCCCUGCAGCAAAGGCAGUGGCCCCUGUCAAGGAAGUUCCUGCAACGCUCACCCCUGUUGCUGCUGGAAAAACUGCUGCACCGGCUGCGGGUAAAAUACCAACAGUGCCUGCAGGAAACCCUGAGAUUGUGCCUUGA